GUGUGUGUGGAGUGAUAAUCGUUGUCUCCUGACGCUUGUAGCUAUAUACUCACUGACAAAUUGGUUUUCCGAUCAUUGACUGUCACCGCCAUGCUUGAGUCCAAACCGUGAGUGGUAUCGGACUAUUACAGAUAACACGUGCCGCUGAAAUACCUAUAAAGUUUAGAACUAUGGCAGGUGUAACACAGGAAGAUAUUUGGAACGUUGAUGAAUUUGAUGACAUGUUUGAUUAUGCUGACAAACUGGAAGUACCGCUUGAUGGCCUUGAUGAUCUCGAAGACAUGAGAGAACGACUAUUGAUGCAGCUAAAGAAAAAUGAAUAUGGAAAUCCGAAGGCAUUGAUUGCAAAGUCGCUGGAGGUGUCACAAAAGGAAGACACCCACAAGAGAUUGAAGAUUGACAUACUGCUCGAAGAAUUCGAAAAGACCAUCACGGAACGUCAGAACGAGAAAGGUAUUGAUGCAAUAGAAGACUUGUUAAGGACUGAAGGAACUGUAAAAGAUUUGAAAAAGGAGCUGGCACAGCACAUUGAACGGAUGGAAAAAGGAGAAUGCGUAUUUGUAGUGGCAGGGGAAACUUCAGCUGGGAAGUCGAGUUUGUUAAAUCUGCUAUUAGGACAGUCUAUCUUGCCUUCAUUCACCGGCAGUUCAACGUCAGUGAUAACUCGCAUAUCUUAUGGAAAGAAGAUGUAUGCCGAGAUUGUAUAUCAGAUGAGCAGUAUUCAGACGGAGAAAUUCCACGAUAUCAACAUAAAAUGGGUACAUGACUACCUUUGGGAUCGUCUGCGAAUAAAGGACGAGAACAAACGACAGUUCCAAUCACCAAUCAAAGAAAUAAGGUUCCAGGUUCCGUGCGAUGUUCUUAAGUGUGGUCUUGUGAUAGUAGACUCCCCAGGAAUAGGCGAAAAUGAGGCUAUGGACAGUGUAAUUGCUGACUUCAUUCAGGAGAACGAAAUUAUGGGAUACAUCUACGUCAUCAAAUCUGACAAUGCAGGGGGAGUAGAUGAAGACAGACUGCUGGGUAUGCUGAAGAUGGUCAUCGAUAAGCAACAGAUGAAUCAACAGCAAAGACUUGAACAUUUAGAUUCGAAGAGCGCCAUGUUUGUAUGUAACCGAUGGGACCUGGUAAAGUCGAGUGAACAGAAAGUAGUGUUUAACAACACCGUAAAACUACUGGGCGAUUGUUGGCCGUGUCUAACAUCGUCCCAAGUUAUCCCAUUCAAGACAGAAUACGCCAUCAAGGAGGCCGAAUGUGACCCAGACUUUAUCCCCGAGCUGUACCGGGUGUUCCUGGAGCGUCUAAGAGACAUGUAUAUCCAUGCCAUGGACCAUAGGAUAGAGCAGACCUAUAAGUGGAUGGUCCAGGUGUUCUCCAGAUCGAGACAUCAGCUUCAAGCUUUGAUCGCUCAAGUCAAUAUGUCAGAAAAUGAAAGGAAAGAAAAUGUCGAAAAGAUAAAAAAGAAACUGCACACACUGGAAAGUAAGUCCGGUGCCGUUUUCGACGAACUGAGGAGCGAUGUUAAGCAGACUUCACAAGAAUUAUGUCAAGAGUUCCGACCGGAAUUGAUGAAACCUUACGCAAGAAUGGCUCUCACAAAAUGGCUACCCGAGGAACUUCCUGAACUUGACGAACGUGGUUGGCCUUAUGUGAAGAUUACUUUGCGCUGGAGAAUAGCUGAACGAGUUACAAGACUAAUAGAGGAAUGGGAAUCCGAGAAAGGGCAGAUUGCUCUCAUGGAAGAACGAACCGCAACUGCUAUCAAAAUACAAUUAAGUUUGCUGCAAGAGGAUCUGAAGAAAAUAGAAGAUGGCAUGAACAAGAGAGAGUCAGAAAACAGAGAUAGGUUACGGAGAUCACUUUCAAAUCCAAUGACGCUUCGCAGGAUGUCAAGAGUGUCUUCAUCGGAGCAAAACUUCCGUGCUACACCAAUGAAACUGAUAACACGGGUUCUUCAUCCAGUGCAAAAUGUUAUAAAAUCAACGAAACUGGUUGACGGAAUCAUCAGUGCAAGGAAAGAAAAGCUUUACAAAGAAAACCCUGUAAAAGUAGCAAGAGAGCAGACAGAGAAAUUUAUGGUAGAGCUGUUAACGCCACUAGCCGAUGAAGAUAUUCUUCAGGAGAUUAUCACUAACAUGUUGGACAGGUCCGUGUCGCAACUUGCUGAGAUCGAAAGAAACAUCCCAUUGCUUAUCAAAUCUAACGAGAUGUUGCUAGAUCGAACUAUCUCCUCCCGAAAGAAUGCAGUGGAAAGCAAGGGCAUAUACGAAAAUCUGAAGAUGAGUAUUGACGGAACAGACCGGCGCCUAAAUCAUUACCACAAGGGCUAUAUAUCUGUCAAGAAUAUGCGGGAUGUCGAAGUCUGCGCUGCUGAUGAAAAUCAUUACAGACUGUCUAGGUCCUUUAGAGCAUCGGAUAUUCUCCACACAUCACUUUUCAGCAAUUCUACAGACAAGAUAGCAUCCGAAUGUCGUGGCGGAUUAUGGACGGUAAUCAAGCGCGGGAAAUGUAAUGACAGUGAGAUAACUAUGAAGAUGUAUUUGCCUUCCUCACUCAUCGACACAACAUACAAUGAAGUAGCCAAGCUAAGGUUCCUCCGAGAAGACACGAUGGCACUUUUGGAGGGUAUUCACUACUCCGAUGCACCCCCUCCGGUCUUCAUUUUCCAGGACCAUCUGUAUACUCUGUCAGAACACCUACCAAAAUGGCCACGUCGUUCCAAAUUCAACAAGUUGACCGUCACAACACAGAUAUUGGAGGGCCUUUGCUACCUCCACAAACACCGACUGGUACACAUGGAGUUAUGCCUGGACACUGUCACUGUCAGCAAAGAUGGAGAAGUAAAACUAACAGGGGAAUGUUUGCCAAGAAAUUUCGUACAGCCUUCAGAGACAGAAAUAGUCGGCAAUUUUGCCUAUCUUUCCCCGAACGUCUUAAGAGGAAACACGUACUCGAAAGCAGCGGAUAUGUACGGUCUCGGUCUCUUGGUGUUUGAACUCCUACUCGGCGUGAAGGCAUUCGGGUUUCAUCGCGAUACAUUGCUUGUGAAAUUCAUUGAAAACGAAAACCCACAAACAUUGGUAGAUCCGGAAGAAGACAUGAAGCGAUUGUCAAGUGGUACAGCAGACUUCAUUUGGCGUUGCCUCCAUGCGACACAAGAUCCGGAUAAGUUCCCAGGCGCUAAUGAAAUCAAACAAGCACUCACUUGUAUCGGACAGGAAAAUGUGGAAAUUGUACGAGAGCCGCACGGAUAUAGCCAGUUCACCGAGAAAGGAAGUACCUGUUCCGUGUGAUUGACUCAAGAAAACAGCUACAAACUUCCGGUGAAACAACAACUGAUUAAGAAGUGUUAGUCCUAGAGUCAAGUUAACGUUCUUUGUUUUAAAUGAAGAUCAACAACUGAUUAAGAUGUGUUAGUCCUAGAAUCAAGUUAACGUUCUUUGUUUUAAAUGAAGAUCAGCAACUGAUUAAGAUGUGUUAGUCCUAGAAUCAAGUUAACGUUCUUUGUUUUAAAUGAAGAUCUUCAAAUUAGUUUGCAGAUAUUAUUUCAAUAUGUAUAGUUUUGCGUUUUAACAUAAUACUUGAUAUCCAAUGUCACAAGGACUUGUCACAUGUCAAAUAUAUGUGUUCAGUGUGAGCCACAAUUGCGCCAUUUGGCCGACAAUUUUAAAAGUUAGAGCGUCGUUCAGAGUUGAGAGGUCAAGAGUUCGAAACCAGGGCAGCACAGGCAUCUGAAUCCGGUUAUAUUUAGAAGAAAAAAUAUAUCCCGCCAUUGUAUGUUAUUAAAGCUUUCCUAAAUAUGCAACAAACGUAACCAGCCGUCAAUUAAAUUUUCUAAGCAACAUAGACCUUGAAAGCAAUGAACAUAUGUCUCAUUUUAACAAUCAAUGGUAGCAAUGAAAAGCUGUCUCAUUUUCUUAAUUAUUCCAAGAGCCUGAGCGUGAAAUGAGAAUAUGGUACUGAAAACCUUAUUUCAGGGACAGUGACCUUUGUGUUGAGAUUUUGACUUGGUAUGCAAGUAUCAGAAGUUAGGGCAUUUCCAUUAAAAUAUUAACCUGGCCUGUGUUCUCCAAAGUAAAUAACUUAUAUCUCUGGUUGUCUUUCAAUCCUAUUCUAAGUCAUUUACCAAAUAAAUUGUACCCCUAACAAAACCUGGGGUGGGGAUCCGAAUAGCCCCUACUGCCACUAGGAUUUUUUGUGAAUUAUAUAAUCCAUAGAUAUGUAUAUAACAUGGUUUUAAUAAUGAAUAACUGUUUACAAUGUAAAGGUUUUAAUUAUUUUUUUUUUUAAUCAAGGAAUGAAAAUAAAGGCAAUCAAUAAACAUGAUAGAUUCCUCAGAAUGUGUGAUAAAUGUCACCAAGAGCUGAAAUACAAUGUUUACUAUGAGAUGUGGAUGGUCAAUGAUAUAAUGAGCAGAUGAUGCAGACAAUGAGAUGAAUAUGUCAUUGAGUUUAUUUACAUAGAUUCAUGUUUAUGGCUGCUGAAAAUGAGGCAAUGGUCCGAGUAAUACAGUGGAAUAAUGUUUGAACAUGUUUGUAAUCUGUAAAAAAAAUAGAUCAAAUAUUGAACCAAGCUUACAUUGUAUGAAGUUUCAGCCAAACCUAUCAAUCCUUUCUGAAGUUAUCUGGAAACCAAAAUUUGAUGAAAAAAUAUCUAUUAUUAGCAACAGUGACAUAAUUAGUACUUUUCGAGCCCAAACUCAAUCCAUUCUACAUUGUACCUCAUAAGCUAAGAUUGUAAAAGUUUCAACCAUAGUACAUUCAUGCUUUUUAUUAUAACUUUUUGCAUCAACAUAAUGUAAAAUACCUAAUGUAACAGUGUAAAUGUUUUCCGUUUCUCACUGAAACUCAAUCAACUGACUUUUUAAUACAUUGGUUGCCGAUAUUUGAUUUUCUUGGCAUGUACAAUACUUUACUCAUGUGGGUCAUACAUAUAUAUACUGAUUAUUUACCUUCCAGUGUAAAAUAUCACAAGUUGGUUUUGUAAUAGAACACGGAUCUGUUCAAAUGCAUACUCAACUUACUCGUCCUUGUUGCUUCCCGUUGAAAAUAAGCUGAAUGUUUCAGUUUUUUUGUUCAAUGAGCUGGUUUAUUCAAGUUUUUCACAUUUUACUUUUGUUUUAAUAAAUCUUCUCUUUAUAAACAUGA